GGUAGAAGUGCAGGUACGCAUCUUCAGCAGGUGCUCGCUACCCAGCAGGAAGGAAAGAAAGAUUUUUUUCCAACUCGCUCGGACACGACGAGCUCAUUUUAACCGAGUUUUCUGUUUUGUUUUGAGAAUAUUUUUUAGCAAAAGAAGUUAAGUUAAGAAAAGUGAAAGAGGGGAAGUUGGCGGUUCAGGUGGAAAAUGGGUAAAAAACAGGAGACAGAUCAGGAGAAACCGGAGUAUGGAGAUCCGGCUCAGUUUGACCCAAGCUUCAAUGGACCCAUAAAGAAAAGAGGGUGCACUGAUAUAAUCUGCUGUAUCCUGUUCAUGGCUGUCGUUGUUGGCUACAUUGGAGUUGGAGCUUUAGCUUGGCUCUAUGGAGAUCCAAGACAUGUUCUCUAUCCAAGAAACUCCACCGGAUGGUUCUGUGGCAUCGGACCAAACAAAGGCAAAUCCAACUUGUUCUACUACAACAUUUUAAAAUGUGCCACAUCAGUGAAUGUAAUGGCAACCGCUCUUAAUGGUUUCCAGUGUCCGACCACACAGGUUUGCGUGGAGAAAUGUCCCGCUGAGUUUAUGGCUGUGGGAAUACUGGACUACUCUAAGAAGCCAGCAGCCGUUUUUGAUCAAAAACUCUGUGUGCCUUCUUUAGACCUGGCUAAAACAAAAAUGAGCGUUCAUGAAAUCGUGGACAAGGAGCUGUGUCCUUUUUUCUUCACACCCACAACCUCAUUGCUGGGGAGAUGUUUGCCUGAUUUCACAACACUGGAGAAGAUUCCUGAAGAAUUUUCAAAUAUUCCAGGCUUACCGUCAUCAGUCAACGCCACAGUCAACAUAAUCAAGAAUGGCACCGGGGACAUUGUGAACGGAUUCAAUGCCAGAGAGAUCGGCCUCCGAAUCUUUGAGGAUUUUGCGUCGUCAUGGCCGUGGAUCCUCCUCGGUCUGGUUAUAGCCAUGGUGGUCAGCAUGUUGUUCCUGUUGCUGCUGAGAUUCACCGCUCCAGUCAUGGUGUGGGUGCUCAUCGUAGGAGUCCUGGGCGCCGGAGCAUACGGAAUCUGGCACUGCUACUGGGAGUAUGACAACUACAAGAAAGCCUCUGCGACCAUCUCUGAUGUCGGCUUCACAACAAACUUCAACGUUUACCUGCAAACACAAGAGACCUGGUUGGCCUUCUUGAUCAUCAUUUCUGUGGCUGAGGCGAUCAUUCUCCUGACCAUCAUCUUCCUGCGCAACAGAAUCCUCAUAGCCAUCGCCCUCAUCCAGGAGUCCAGCAAGGCGGUGGGUCACAUGAUGUCCUCUCUGCUGUACCCUCUGGUCACCUUUGUUCUCCUGCUGGUGUGUGUUGCUUACUGGGGUGCCACUGCUUUAUAUUUGGCAACUUCAGGAAACCCGAUCUACAGAGUGGUGGCACUAAACUCCACUAUGAGCGACUGUAAGAGCCUCAACGGCACGGUGGACUGUGACCCUCAGAAAUUCAACUCGUCCGAUUACCCAGAAUGCCCCUCAGCGAGCUGCAUCUUCAUCAAAUACAACGACGAGGGUCUCUUUCAGAGAAAUCUCUUCAACCUGCAGAUCUACAACGCUGUGGCUUUCCUCUGGUGUGUUAACUUUGUCAUCGCUUUGGGACAGUGCACGCUGGCGGGGGCCUUCGCCUCUUACUACUGGGCCUUCACCAAACCACACGACAUCCCCAUGUUCCCCCUGUCCGCCAGCUUCUUACGCGCACUCAGGUUCCACGUGGGCUCCUUGGCAUUUGGUUCUUUGAUCCUCACCCUGGUGCAGAUAGUGAGGAUCAUUCUGGAGUACAUCGACCACAAAACAAGAUCGGCUCAGAAUCCGGUGGCUCGUUUCCUGUUGUGCUGCCUGAAGUGCUGCUUCUGGUGUCUGGAGAAGUUCAUCAAGUUUCUCAACAGGAACGCUUACAUUAUGAUUGCUGUUUAUGGGAAAAACUUCUGCGUCUCUGCCAAAAAUGCCUUCAAGCUGCUCAUGAGGAAUAUAAUAAGGGUGGUGGUGCUCGAUAAAGUCACGGACCUGCUGCUGUUCUUUGGGAAGCUCCUGGUGGUCGGAGGAGUGGCUGUGCUGUCCUUCUUUUUCUUCUCUGGACGAAUACUUCUGCCCGGCGACACCUUCCGCUCUGAAACACUCAACUACUACUGGAUGCCCAUUAUUACGGUGGUGUUUGGUAGCUACCUCAUAGCUCAUGGAUUCUUCAGUGUGUACAACAUGUGUGUUGAUACGCUCUUCCUCUGCUUCUUGGAAGAUCUGGAGCGUAACGAUGGGUCUCUGCAGAAGCCGUACUUUAUGUCCAAAAACCUCAUGAAGAUCCUCAGCAAAUCCAACAAAGCACCGAAGAAGGGGAAAAAGGAAUGAAGACCUCCAGAGUUCAUGAAUCCACACAAACA